AUGGCGAACCCUGCCUCCGGCUCGGGCGACCAUCCCCGCGAAGAAACCCCCGCGACUCCAGCGGCCACGACGACGGUGACCGGCGACCAGUCUGCUCCCGAGAAUGCCGCGCCUGCAUCAGCAGAGUCUACACAGAAGCCGCAGGCCACAAAUCCACAAGUCGGAGACGAGGACGAUGAAGACUCGGACUUUGAUGAAUUGGAUGACGUGCUAGAUGACUUCUCUAAACCCAAAGCUGUGCCUGCACCCGCGCCGGCAGCUACACAAUCCGACCCCGCCACCGGCAUCGCCCCGCCCGAUUUCGACGAGGAUGCCUUCCUCAAGCAACUGGAGAAAGACAUGGCCAACAUGAUGGCCAACCCUGGCGCAGACGCCUUUGCGAAACAGCUCGAGGAGAGCGGGAUUCCACCAGGUGAUUUCCUGAAACAGCUGCUUGCAGACGUGAUGGCCGAGGAAAAUGGUAGCGCCGGUGCAGAAGGUAUCGCAAAGGGUCCAUCAGCAGCCUCGGCUACGCCACCGCCAGCUGGUAUCGCGGACGGGGAACAACCCGAGAACUUCAACGAUGCGAUUCAGCGCACCAUCGAGCGAAUGAAGCAAUCCGGUGAUCGUGCGACGGAAGCUGCGACGACAGGUGACGGGUUAGACGAUGAUUUGAUCGCGCAGUUACUCAAGGCUGUGGAGGCUGGUGCAUCUGGGGCGGGUGAGGACGGUGAUCUGACGAAGAUGUUUAUGGGGAUGAUGGAGCAGUUGUCGAAUAAGGAGAUGCUUUAUGAGCCGAUGAAGGAGUUGGAUGGCAAGUUUGGACCUUGGAUUGCGAAGAGUAAGGCUGAGGGGACGGUGCCGGUGGAGGAUAUGGAGCGGUAUGAGACGCAGGCUCGCGUUGUGAAGCAGAUUGUGCUCAAGUUUGAGGAGCCGGGGUACUCGGAUGAGGAUGCUAAGUGUCGGGAGUAUGUGUGGGAGCGCAUGCAGGAGAUGCAAGCUGCUGGCAGCCCGCCGGAGGAGUUGAUUUCGAAUCCGCUGAUGGGAGAGCUGGGUGGUGCGCCUGGAGGUGCACCGGGCGGAAUCCCUGAUUGCCCACAGCAAUAA